AUGUCUAGCAUUUCCCUGCCAGAGUUGACAGAAUCCCUGAAGCCCACCCACAUCACACCACCAUCUGCACCUCUAAACCCCCCAAUGGAGAAAGACAGCCCCUCACCUGAAGCAUCCCCAAUUAGCCCCAGGAAGCAGUUGUGGCAAAAGGCCAUCAUUGAGCCUGUCACUGUUCUCAAAUCCUGGAUAUCAACAUUGGUACCAAAGCUUGCAGCUCUAGAAGCUACUCAAGAUUUAGCUGCACACAACACACUUGUGCAUCACCUAGAGUUCUCUCCUGAUUGGAGAUUCUUAGCCUCCUCAAGCUGGGAUAAGACUUCAACAUUCUUCUGA